GAUUUUGUUUUAAACGCUAUUCACCCCCCCUCUAGCGUUGGGCCUUUAUUCUAACAAUUGGUACCGGAGCCAUACUCUCUGAAAAACUUAACCGUUUGAGAGAAACGAUCAAUGGCUUCUACUCAAAGUUCAUACGCAGGUUUAGGUGAAGGGCAAUCCACCACGAGGCCUCCGUUGUUUGACGGGACAAACUACACCUAUUGGAAGGAGCGGAUGAGGAUUUACAUUCAAUCCACCAACUUUCUCCUUUGGAGAAUUAUCAAAAAUGGUGAAGACGUGCCAAUGAAGAAGGUUGAGGAAACCAACGUCCCUAAGACCGAGAAUGAAUAUGAUGCACAAGACAUCAAGAAAGUGGAAAACAAUGCCAAGGCCAUCAACAUCAUCUAUUGUGCUGUUAACCCGGAUGACUACCGGAAGAUCAAGCCAAAAUGCCCAAAUGCCAAAAACGAGAAGGAGAAGAAACCGUUCAAGAAGCACCGAGCUUACAUUUCAUGGGGAGGUGAUUCCAGCGAUGAGUCAUUGGAAGGCGAAGAGAAUGAAAGCGCCAACCUUUGCCUCACGGCACAUGAGGAACCACCGGAAGAG